GUGUCAACAAAGAGUCUUUCCAUGUCUGAAAUCUGAAUCUCGAAUACAGUGGACCCCAUCCCCAAGCGGGGCAGCGGCAGUGGUCGUGGCCCCACCGCAACGGACCUCUCGACCGCGAACUGCCCCUCGCCUACGUCAUGCAUGACCCGUGAAUGAAGAGCUCUCUCCAACAAGUCCCAGUUUGGUACCAGACAAAAGAGCAGAAAAACGUGCCAUGAGGUGUAACCGGGAACGAAUAGGGAGGUAGCAAACCAAGUAACAACUGGCUGCUUGCUUCCCCCAAGUGCAUUGAAAUACCACAACCACCCAUCUUCUUUGACCUCCAACUUCCAUUCAUCAAUCAGAUUUCACACAAGACACAGCUCCCAUCCCAUCAAAAGCAACAACGCUCGACAGCUUCCACUUCACCAAGAAAACCACAUAAACUUUACAAACAACCACAAUCAAAAUGUCCAAGUCUCGCGCCCCCCUCGCCCUCGGUGCCCUCGCCGCCUCAGGCAUUGGUUACUACCUCUACAGCGCCGGCGGCAACCCCAGAGCAGCCGAGAAGCAGUUUGAGAGCGACGCCCACCGCGCCGCCGCCAAACUCGAAUCCAAGAUUCCCACCAACUACCCAACCCACACAACCCACAAGGCCGAGAAAGAAGGCACCCGCCUCGGCCACGAGGUCGGCACCAAAAUUGACUCUGCUGUAACCACCGUCAACCGCGACCUCAGCCAAGCCAAGCACGAAGCCGAGGCCAUCGCCAAACAAGCCAAGGCCGAUACCCUCAAGAAGAUUGACGAGUUUGAUCGGACGGUCGAGGAGAAGGCCGCCAAGAGCAAGAGCUACCUUAGCUCGUGGUUCGGGAGCAAGUAAAGCUCAACCUAUCAACUACUUAAUAAUGAAAGGAGGAGGUAGGAGGUGUAUGAUAAUGGAAGGGGAGGGCGAACGGAACUGGUUUCUUCGUUUAUCAACAUGAUAUGAAGGUCGCGUCAGCGAUAUCUAUACAACCACAACAGUCAUGUUUGGGGGUUUUGAUAACUGGGUGUUUUCAGGUUUUCGGGGUUUUCUAGUUUUGUUUGAAUUUGAUCUCAAGUU